CAGCAGGGACAACACGACUGGACACCUGACCAGAGGUCUCUCUCUCUCUGUACCUCAGACGCUGCACAACCUGAACUCAAAGCUACCCAACACACAGUGGAGUAAGCUACAACUCUCAAUACAAUUACAAAUUAUCAAUAUUUAUUGAUCGGGAAGUGCUGCGCUGCGUUGGGACAUAGCUGCGUUGGAGAGACGGUUGAUGAUCGAGGUUGGCUAGGUGGAUUUCCUCUGGUUUUCACCCGUCAACGUGGACUACAGCAACAGAGACAAGAUCAAGAUGAACCAGACCAAGGUGGUAGAAGAGGAACUGUAUAACUACUAUGACUACUCAGACUGGUACUCCAACAAUAUGGAACCUACCAGACCUCCAAAAGAAGUUAUUCUCCCGUGUGACCCCACAGCGGAUGACCAGCUUUUUCACAUAUGCAUUGCUUCAGUAUCUCUCGUUGUGGUGCUGAUUCUAGCAGUCCUGAAGAGGAGAAAGAGUCUAUGUGAGGGUUUUGCCAGUGGAUCAACUGGCAUCUCAAGUCCAGUGAACUUCCUGGACCAGACGCAGCACAAAGCCCUCGCAGUGGCUGUGUUUGGGCUGGUCUUCAGCAAGCUGUCUGUAUUGGUCCUGGCUCCAGAUCCCCUGCCCUUCUUCAAAGACACCCCUCAGGAAAUCAAAGGUGUGCAGCUGUGUCCCUGUCCCAUUAAAACCUCUUGAAUGUAAAGUUCUCAUAUUUGGUGACCCUAUUUUAAAAAAUGAUUUUUAUUCAAUUCAGUCUGGUGUGAAAACGGUAGUCCCUAUCUGCAAAGUCUGCCGUCAGCUGAGUAUCUUGGCUCUUGAUCGGUGCCUUCAAAUCUUCGGUGUGACUUACUACCAUAUAUGGGCAUACGAAUUUAUAAGGGCAGGCAGAGCCGAUGACCUCAUUUUCAAGAUGGCUGCUACCUACAAGUUCGGUUAGCGUUGUGAAGCAUAAAGAAAAUAAUCAGGGAAUACGUCGAUAGACACCGAAAGCCGGGACUCCACAGAUCAUGAGGAGGUCUUAUUUGUCUGUCCGUGACCUACCGUUAUCGAUCACCAGCCUACUGCCAUGUUAUCUGGUGAUGUAGGACUUAAUGGCAACAUCCAAUUUCCACCGAGGGACUAUAUCUGUGCACAUCAAAAAUAUGAUGUUGCCUGGUUACGCGCUGUAGGCAUCCAUUACACGGGGGAUUGGCUACUAUGGCACCUUGACAGUAUCGUAGCCAAUGAGAUAAGCUUUCCAGAGAUAUGCAGUUUACCUGAGUGGCACAAAGCAUUGCCUAGAACAUUUUAAGAUCCAACGUGCAAAAACAGAGUAAUAAAAAACUUUCUGACACU